AGAGCCCUUGUCAUAACUCUUAUACUGUAUUGUAUGUGUAGACUGUUACUACAGGCAUGGCUGCCAAUACUAGGGAAGAUAUCAUGAAAAUGUGUCGUCAGUAUAUGCAGAAUCCUAAUGCCAUAGUCAUGUGUGUACAAGAUGGGUCAGUUGAUGCUGAGAGGAGUAUUGUCACUGAUUUGGCUAGUCAAGUGGAUCCUAAUGGUCACAGAACUAUAUUUGUAUUGACUAAGGUUGACAUGGCAGAGAGCAAUGGAUUGAAGCAAGAGAGAAUAUUAUCAAUACUGGAUGGCUCAUUAUUCCCAAUGAAAGCUCUAGGAUAUUAUGCUGUGGUGACAGGAAGAGGUCAGUGUUGAUAAUUGUGUCAACAAU